UUCAUUUGACAGUUGCGUGUCGGUCCCCUACGCCUUGCUUUUGUUUCUGCCUAGUGUAUUUAUGACGAACGCUGCUGGCUUGCGGGCCAGGGCAGGAGAUAAGUCUGCUGUGAGGAUGUCAGGAUUGCAUUGCAUGGCUGCUUUCCGGAACAUCCUGGGGCUUGCCUGGGCAAAGCUGUGCCGCCUCAGCUACAGCCUGGGGACACGGAUGAAUUUUAGAAUAACUUGUAAAAUUGCAUGCAAGAUUGUGUGGGGAUUUGGAUUGAGAAUGCACUUAAUUUGUGAAGAAAUGACAUCUUUAUAGUAUUAUCUACAUUGGCCAGAUACUUUAAAUAUAUGAUCGGAUUUACUCCUUUAAAAUCAUAUAAGGUAACAAAGAAGAGACUACUUCAAGUCUAAAGGCCAUGGAGAUCACAAAGGAGAAGAGCAACAAUUACAACGAGGAUCUUCUGCUUAGGAUGGGACUUAAUGAUAACAAAGCCGGAAUGGAAGGACUAGAUAAGGAGAAAAUUAACAAGAUUAUAAUGGAAGCCACAAAAGGGUCUAGAUUUUAUGGAAAUGAGCUCAAGAAGGAAAAACAAGUCAAUCAACGCAUUGAAAAUAUGAUGCAACAAAAAGCACAAAUUACCAACCAGCAGCUAAGGGAAGCACAAUUGCAGGUUGACAGAUUUGUAAUGGAAAUAGAACACCGCCGGGAUUUGAACAAUACCAUAGUGCAUAUUGAUAUGGAUGCUUUCUAUGCUGCUGUAGAAAUGAGGGACAAUCCGGAACUGAAGGAUAAGCCCAUUGCUGUAGGAUCAAUGAGUAUGUUGUCUACUUCAAAUUACCACGCAAGGAGGUUUGGUGUUCGCGCAGCCAUGCCCGGAUUUAUUGCUAAGCGACUCUGCCCACAUCUCAUUAUCGUGCCCCCAAACUUUGACAAGUACAGAGCUGUGAGUAAAGAGGUUAAGGAAAUACUUGCUGAUUAUGAUCCCAAUUUUAUGGCCAUGAGUCUUGAUGAAGCCUACUUGAAUAUAACAAAGCACUUACAGGAAAGGCAAAGUUGGCCUGAGGACAAAAGGAGUUAUUUCAUCAAAACUGGAAACUCGGCAGAAAAUGAUGAACCAGGAAAGGAAGUUAAUAAGCUGAGUGAGUGUGACCGCUCCGUCUCUCCACUACUCUUUGAAGACAGUCCUCCUGAUUUGCAGCCCCCAGGAAAUCCUUCCCAAGUGAACUCUGAAGAACAAAACAAUCCUCAAAUACCACAAAAAUCAGUUGUUUUUGGAACCUCAGCCGAGGAAGUGGUAAAGGAAAUUCGUUUCAGAAUUGAACAGAAAACAACACUAACAGCCAGUGCAGGCAUUGCUCCCAAUACAAUGUUAGCAAAAGUCUGCAGUGAUAAGAAUAAACCAAAUGGACAAUAUCAAAUUCUCCCCAACAGACAAGCUGUGAUGGAUUUCAUCAAAGAUUUACCCAUUAGAAAGGUCUCUGGGAUAGGAAAAGUUACAGAGAAAAUGUUAAAGGCCCUUGGAAUUAUUACUUGUACAGAGCUCUACCAACAGAGGGCAUUGCUUUCGCUGCUUUUCUCUGAAACAUCUUGGCAUUAUUUCCUUCAUAUUUCCCUGGGUCUAGGUUCAACCCACCUGCCAAGGGACGGAGAAAGGAAAAGUAUGAGCGUUGAGAGGACAUUUAAUGAGAUAAACAAAGCAGAAGAACAGUACAGUUUGUGCCAGGAACUUUGCAGUGAACUUGCUAAAGAUCUCCAGAAGGAAGGACUAAAGGGUCGAACUGUUACCAUUAAGCUGAAGAAUGUGAAUUUUGAAGUAAAAACUCGUGCAUCUACAGUCUCAUCUGUUGUUUCUACUGCAGAAGAAAUAUUUGCCAUUGCAAAGGAGUUGCUAAGAACAGAGAUUGAUGUUGAUUUUCCACAUCCCUUAAGAUUAAGACUUAUGGGUGUUCGGGUGUCGAGUUUUCCCAGUGAAGAAGACAAAAAAUGCCAGCAGAGAAGCAUCAUUGGCUUCUUGCAGGCCGGGACCCAGGCAUCGCCAGCCACUGGGCAUGUAGUAGAGAAAACUGAUAAAGAUCAGUUUGUAAAACCUCUAAGAAUGUCUUGUGAGAAGAGUUUUUUUGAUAAAAAACGAUCAGAAAUGAAAUGGAGACACCAAGACACAUCUCACUGUGAAACUGUGGAUAAACAAAAUUUAAGGACAUCACAGCCAUUCCAAGUUAGUAAGAAGACGAGUGAGAAUUUGGAAGCCUCAGAAAGUUCAGAUAGCUGUCAGAGGUUUACUUGUCCCGUUUGCUUCCGAGAGCAAGGACGCAUCAGCCUGGAGGCCUUUAAUAAACAUGUAGACGCAUGUCUUGAUGGCCCUUCAGUCAGCGAGAACUCAAAGGUGUUCGCUUGUUCAUAUGCUUCCUCUGCUGAUGGUAACCAGAAAGAGAACGCACAUCACUGUUUUUCACCUCGGGAGAAGCAAGAUUAUGAUACCCAUCAGGAAAAGGUAGCAGUCACUUCAGAAGAUGGUGUGGGUCUGGUGGAAACUAGAGCGAGCACGUCAAAGCCAGGAAGUGUAGACUCCUUAGGGAGCAAACACAGCAAAGAGGAGUGUUCUAGUCUUCCCAGCAAGCCGCCUGGUACUGUUUCACUGGAAAAUGCAGAUGUUGGGUUGUUAACUGGGCACGACUCCCUGCAACCAUUUUCAUUUAAAGUGACCAUAGGCCGAGGUCUAGUUUGUCCUGUCUGUAAUCUAGAACAGAAGACUUCGGAUCUUACCAUGUUGAACGAGCACAUGGAUGUUUGCUUAAAUAAAGGCAUUAUCCAAGAACUGAGAAAUGAUAGAGUUCAUCUAGUCAGCCAACCCAGAGAAAGUUCCAAAAGUACUGGUACCUCAAGCAAAGUACAGAAGACCGUAGCAAAAACAAGAAGGCCAGGACUGAUGACGAAGUGUUCGAAAUCAAAGAAAAUAAAACCAAACAGUCCCAGACAUACCCUUGAUAUAUUUUUCAAAUGAAUUUUGAACGCUUUUUA